UCUUUCUUUCUUUCUUUCUUUCUUUCUUUCUUUCUUUCUUUCUUUCUUCCUUCCUUCCUUCUUACCCGCGCAUAUGUCUCGGGUAUCCGUGUCCCUUUCACGUGGCCAAGUCCCUUCCCCUUUCCCCCUUCCGCCUUCCGCCUUCCGCCUUCCGCCUCCCCCCUUCUCUUCCCCCGCAUGAUCGACAAGCUGAAAACCUAAAACCCAUUAACUAACUACCUACCUAGGCAAACCAAACAAUAGAAAUACUACCUACAGAAAAGCACGCUAUUUAAGGUUAAGCUUAAUCCCCUCCUUGCAACACAAGCUGCCCGUCAGCCGGACGUGCAGGUAGCCGGCCUUUCAGGGGGAAGGGGGGAAAAAGCUUGAAAGCUUGAAAGCUUGGGAACCUUAUGCAGCCAAGACGGCAAGGGUUCAUUCGGCUUCAGCUCUUCUUCCCUUACCUUCCUCUCUCUCUCAUUCUGCUUUCUACUUCUACUUUUCAGCUCUGGAGCUACCUAUUUUACCUUGCCUCACCUACGGGCCACAUGCUACAACCAUUCAUCCCGUCUCCUUGCAUGGUUACAUUCCCACCUGCCUACCUUGGGGUGGUAGCCAUUGUAAAAUACACCCUACCUACGAACCACGGCAUCAACCCACGAUUCGCAGAGACAAAAAACCCCAAACCAGCCAAAGCUGAAAUGUCGCUAAUACCAACUAAGCUUCGUAUGGUGAGGAAACAGGGUUAGGCAAUAUGCUUGCUUGCUUCCUUGCUUCCUUGACUAAUUGAUCAAUUAGCUAAUUACACAGUAAUUACAAGCACAGACAUCGUAGCAUCGUAUUAUCAUGACUUAACCUAAUCUAACCUAGCAAACAAACAGCCAGCCAGCCAGCCAGCCAGCCAGCCAGCCAUCGCGCCUCAAUAAUGCAAUGCAAUCCGCAACGCCCUGUUAGUAUGUAUCGUGUCCUGAGUUCCAAGACACUCGUGAACUAAACU